GAGCUGGGCUUGGCAUCGGCACCCACUUCUCCCACCGUGCGCCUAGCCGCUCGCCGUGCCGUGCCUCGCUGUGCUGCGAAGGAGGAGCGGAGCGGCGGCUGUCCUACCUCCGCGGGUGCGGGCGAGUGCGCGGGAGGGCGCGCAGCCCCCAUGCCAGGCGGGCGCCCGGCCGCCCGCAGCCCGGCCCCCGCCUGGGAGCAUCCCGCCAUCGUUUCGCUGCGGAAGCACCGUGGGUCCUUGGGAUUAAAAUACUCACUGAGCUGGGCAGCUGAGGGAGAGGGGGAGCAGGUACCUACUACAUCAUUUCUUUGGUGAAGGCUAUUCAGCAGUGGUGACUUCUUCCAAUUGACCGCUUCACAAACUAUUAUCUCUGGACUUCCAGCUAACACCCUGCCAGAGGCUAGAACCACUGAGACAACUGGAAUUGUGCCCAUUCUCAUCAAGGCUUUUUCUUUCACAAGGAAAAAAAAAGAUGAAGUUCGGCAAAGUGGAGUUCUGCCAUUUUCUGCAGAUUCUAGCUCUUUUCCUGUGUCUUUCUGGGAUGAAUCAAGCAGAGUUCUCAAGGUCCAGGUCAAAGCCCUACUUUCAAUCAGGGAGGACAAGAACCAAACGCAGCUGGGUGUGGAAUCAAUUCUUUGUGCUGGAAGAAUACAUGGGUACAGACCCACUCUAUGUAGGAAAGCUUCACUCUGAUGUUGAUAAAGGAGAUGGUUCCAUCAAAUACAUCUUGUCAGGCGAAGGGGCAAGUUCCAUUUUCAUUAUUGAUGAGAACACGGGUGAUAUUCAUGCUACAAAGAGGCUGGAUCGAGAAGAGCAGGCCUACUAUACUCUCCGAGCACAAGCACUAGAUAGACUGACUAAUAAACCUGUGGAACCAGAAUCUGAGUUCGUCAUUAAGAUUCAGGACAUAAAUGACAAUGAGCCAAAAUUUCUGGAUGGUCCUUACACUGCUGGAGUUCCUGAGAUGUCUCCCGUGGGUACUUCUGUGGUUCAAGUGACGGCCACUGAUGCAGAUGAUCCUACUUACGGCAAUAGUGCUAGAGUGGUUUACAGCAUAUUGCAAGGACAACCUUACUUUUCUGUGGAGCCAAAAACAGGUGUUAUAAAGACUGCCCUUCCGAAUAUGGAUAGAGAAGCCAAGGACCAAUACCUACUAGUUAUUCAAGCAAAGGACAUGGUUGGGCAAAAUGGUGGAUUAUCAGGGACUACAUCUGUAACUGUCACUCUGACUGAUGUUAAUGACAACCCACCUCGCUUUCCACGACGAUCAUACCAGUAUAAUGUCCCAGAGUCUUUGCCAGUGGCUUCUGUGGUGGCCAGAAUAAAAGCUGCAGAUGCAGAUGUGGGACCUAAUGCUGAAAUGGAGUAUAAGAUUGUGGAUGGUGAUGGCUUGGGAGUGUUUAAAAUUUCUGUUGACAAAGACACUCAGGAGGGAAUCAUAACAAUUCAGAAGGAGCUGGAUUUUGAAGCUAAGACAAGCUAUACACUGAGGAUAGAAGCAGCAAAUAUGCAUGUUGACCCUCGCUUCCUGAGUCUGGGACCCUUCAGUGACAUGACAACAGUGAAGAUAAUUGUAGAAGAUGUUGAUGAGCCACCUGUGUUUACUUCACGUUUGUACUCCAUGGUGGUGUCUGAAGCAGCAAAGGUGGGCACUAUCAUUGGAACUGUAGCGGCCCAUGAUCCAGAUGCCUCAAAUAGCCCUGUCAGGUACUCAAUAGAUCGAAACACAGACCUGGAGAGGUAUUUCAAUAUUGAUGCCAACAGUGGAGUCAUUACAACUGCCAAAUCUUUGGACAGGGAAACUAAUGCUGUUCAUAAUAUCACCGUUUUGGCUAUGGAGAGUCAGAAUCCAGCACAGAUUGGGAGAGGCUAUGUAGCCAUAACUAUCCUUGACAUCAAUGACAAUGCCCCUGAGUUUGCCAUGGAGUAUGAGACAACUGUCUGCGAAAAUGCUCACGCUGGUCAGGUGAUCCAGAAAAUCAGUGCAAUUGAUAAAGAUGAUCCACCGAAUGGCCAUCAGUUCUACUUCAGUUUAGCAGCAGAGGCAGCAAAUAACCACAAUUUUACACUGCAAGACAACAAAGAUAAUACUGCAACAGUAUUAACUAGACGAAAUGGUUUCCGAAGACAGGAACAGUCUGUUUUCUACUUGCCAAUAUUCAUUGUGGACAGUGGAUCACCUUCACUUAGUAGCACUAAUACUCUCACCAUUAGAGUCUGUGAUUGUGAUGCAGAUGGUAUUGCUCAGUCAUGCAAUGCAGAAGCAUAUAUCUUGCCUGCAGGACUUAGCACUGGAGCCCUGAUUGCAAUAUUGGCUUGUGUCUUGACACUGCUAGUUCUUGUCUUGCUGAUUGUCACCAUGAGGCGACGGAAAAAGGAGCCCCUCAUUUUUGAUGAAGAGAGAGAUAUCAGAGAGAACAUUGUCAGGUAUGAUGAUGAGGGUGGUGGAGAAGAAGACACAGAGGCUUUUGACAUGGCUGCCUUGAGAAACCUCAACAUCAUCCGAGACACCAAGACCAGAAGGGAUGUGACACCUGAGAUUCAGUUCUUGAGCAGACCAACUUUUAAAAGCAUUCCAGAUAACGUCAUUUUUAGGGAAUUUAUCUGGGAAAGACUAAAAGAAGCUGACAUGGACCCCUGCGCGCCACCUUACGACUCUCUGCAGACAUACGCAUUUGAGGGGAAUGGCUCAGUGGCAGAGUCUCUCAGUUCUUUAGAUUCAAUCAGCUCAAACUCUGACCAGAACUACGAUUACCUCAGUGACUGGGGCCCUCGCUUCAAAAGGCUUGCGGAUAUGUAUGGGACUGGACCAGAAUGCUUAUACUCAUAGCCUUGGAACCUAUCUCUGAAAAUGCACUGAAGAAUAAUAAACCAGAAAACUUAACCUUACAGACUGAAGAAAAGUUGUAAAUAUUUCUCCAUUUUUAACCUUUUAGGUUUUUUUUUGCCUUGGUGGAACAUAUCUUCAUUAGAAUUGUCCUAGGGACUGCACUGACCACACAAAAUAUGAGCAUUCGGUGACAUUUUUGAUAAAAUGAAAUGCUCAGCCACGUUCAAAUAGAUAGCAACCUUCAGAUACCUGCAGAGGCAGCUCACUUUCAAGAGUAUGCACCGUGACCUCAAUGAGCCAAUGAUACUCUGUAGAUGCUUUUGCAGUAUUGCUGCAUCUAGCACGCAGUGUCUCCGAUAGGAGACAAGUGUAAGAAGAAACAAAUUUACAAAUACAAUAUAUAAUUCAAUGCAACAUCACAGUAUAUAGUAUUUAUGGAUGCAAGGGUUUUUUUUAAGAAAUUUUCUUUACAGUGUUGAAUGCAGCUUACUGUGAUGAAAGCAGGGCAAACAUUAAAACAAACAGAAAUCCAGUAGAUCACCUUUUUGCUUCUCUCUGUUUAUUCUCAGAUAGUCAAUCAGAAGUUUCUGUCAUUUUCUGAGCAAUUUUAUGGAAAAUUGCUCUUUGUACUAAGAAUUUCCACAGUGUUUGUCAUCAACAUACCAAAAGAGUUUGUAAACCAUAUAAAAUGAGAAAUAUGGAGGGGUA